AUGAAUUUCCAAGGCCCCACUGCAACCGCCAACACAGUCAUGAAAACCAAGAAAGACAACAACGUCAUCACCAAACCGAAGUACCGAAAUGAUGGCUCCAACAAUGACACUAGUAGCACUAAAGCAAAGUUCGAGUGUGGCACUCCAGAUGUCACAGUCAUUGUGGGAGGGAAACAAUGUCAAGCAUACAGUCACCACCUUCGAUGUUGGAGCAGAUACUUUGACAUGGCCUUUCAAAGUGGCAUGAAAGAGGCCAAGACCAUGACCUUUGAGUUCCCUGAUGACGAUCCAAAAGAAUGGGAGCUUUUAUGGGCUGUGUUGGAUCCUUUCUCUGAUGAAAAGGUGAAUGAAGACAAUGUGGUUACACUCUUUCCAUGGUUCCAAAAGCUAUGCAUCUCCCAAGGUGUUGAUGCAUGUGCCAAUGUCUUGUUCCAUAUGCUGAAAAAGAGGAUCUCGGCUAUGUGGAUCCGUACAUGGGCAACCUCAUCUGUUGACCAUGCAUCCGAUGAAUCUGUUGAAGCAAACAUAGAUUGUGUCCUCAAACUCUUGCCAAUGAGUGUCCAAUGCACUGACAAAAGAGCUGAACAAGUUUGUGGCCGCUACUUGAAUUUUGUGGCCAAAUCCAAACCUUGGGUCUUUCAUGAGCAGCAGUUGAAACAGAUAUGCUCCCUCUUUUGUGAAGAUGAAAACUGCAAAAUUGCGCUAUCAGAAGUUGUGGCAGAAUUUCUACCAACUGAUGUUGAAGGUUUUGAGGACACAAGGACAGUGGUGUUGAACAACCCAGUCUUGCUACUAUCCUUCAUGAAAAUGAACAGGUACAAGAGUGCACUAGACAGAAUUCCUUCCAUUCUCUCAACCCUUGGAAAUGACAGACCCGACGCACACUCUGCUUUCAAGAAUGAUGCUUUGUUAGGAUCUGUUUUGAUCACGAAGUAA